GUGAACUGAAUUUUCAUGGAGAAAGGGGGCUUCGGCGCUCGCAUGAAGAAAUUAUGGACGGAGUCCGAGGGACCAGAAGGGGACUGUUUCUCUGGCGACUUUUUACAGGACCCGGAGUUGUGGAGAGAUCGUCUCCCACAGCCGUUCAGAAUGAUAGACCGUCUGCUGGAGGAGCUGCUGGCUAGGACGUGGGAAGAGAUAGAAUUUCGUCGCUCGGAGCGGCAGAGUCAGCCGGCCAGGAUCUCUAGUCCAGACCCCGUGCAACUAGAUCAGUAUUUGCCUCAAACUGUGAGACCAGGAGAAGACGUCAUCAUUACUGGGAGUCUGAUGGAUAAUUUACAACUCAAAUUGAAAGAAUUCAACACGAAAUUGUACAGAGAUAACGAAGUCUUCCAGACUGAGAGGAAAUCUAGGUGGGAGAAUUACUUGCGGCAACUUGAAGCAUAACCAUCUUCAACCAUAGUUCAACUCUGCAGAGAAAAUUUGUAUAAUUCGUAAUGUGUAUGAUG